CAUUAAACCCAGGAGCAAAACCGAAGGAUAAAAAGAGAGGGGAAGAAAGAGAGCGUCACUACUGCUGCUGCUAGAGCGCUGGCCAGUGUGCGGAGUCGCUCUGCUAGUGUCUUUCUCUCGCCGUCUGUCUCCCUCUCCCCAAUCCUCGCGACUUUUUCUCUAACAAAUUUCGUCCCGGUUCGUGCAAAGUGCGGCUGCCGGUGGAGACGUUUCCACCACCUGGCUGGCUUCUUCUUGCCUUUUCGAGAGACCAAGAAGGAGAAGCGAGCGAGCACGCAGGAAUCGAUCACACAGAGUCCGUGUGCAGCGGCCGGCUGCUUAAGCGAGGAGAUCGUGCUGCUGCGAGACCGAGAGGCAGGGCACUUCGUGUCCCGUUUCCUGCGGUUUCUUUCGUAGGAAAGGGGGAAUGGCGGAGGUGAAGCUGGAUGAGAUCAGCCAUCCGCCCAUGGAGCAGCUCCAGGGGUUCGAGUACUGCAUCGACUCCAACCCUCCCUGGGGCGAGGCGAUCAUACUGGGCUUCCAGCACUACAUACUGGCGCUGGGCACGGCGGUGAUGAUCCCCACGGUGCUGGUUCCCGCGAUGGGCGGCGACGAUGGGGACAGGGUGAGGGUGGUGCAGACGCUGCUGUUCGUGACCGGGAUAAACACGCUGCUGCAGUCCCUCUUCGGGACACGGCUGCCGACGGUGAUCGGCGGGUCGUACGCGUUCGUGAUCCCGAUAGUGGCCAUCAUCCAGGACUCGUCGCUCGCGGGGAUACCCGAUGGCCACGAGAGGUUCCUCCAGACCAUGAGGGCGAUACAGGGUGCACUGAUAGUGUCCUCUAGCAUUCAGAUCAUUCUGGGCUACAGCCAGCUGUGGGGUAUUUUCUCCAGAUUCUUCAGUCCAGUGGGGAUGGCCCCAGUGGUUGCGCUGCUCGGAUUUGGCCUUUUCGAAAGAGGAUUCCCUGUGGUUGGGAGAUGCGUUGAGGUUGGGUUGCCAAUGUUGAUUCUCUUUGUCGUGUUUUCUCAGUAUCUGAAGAAUGUACAAAUAAGAGACAUUCCCAUACUGGAAAGGUUCUCCCUUUUCAUCUGCAUCACAUUGGUCUGGGCAUAUGCUCAAAUCCUCACUUCAGGUGGUGCUUACAAGCACAGCACUGAAGUGACUCAGAUCAACUGCCGCACUGACCGAGCUAAUCUGAUCUCUUCUGCCCCAUGGAUCAAGAUCCCUUAUCCUCUGCAAUGGGGGGCACCAACCUUCAAUGCUGGCCAAUCAUUUGGUAUGGUGGCUGCUGUUUUGGUCUCACUAAUAGAGUCCACAGCUUCUUACAAAGCUGCAGCUCGUCUUGCAAGUGCGACUCCACCCCCAGCUCAUAUCCUGAGUAGGGGCAUUGGGUGGCAGGGAAUCGGUAUCCUUCUUGAUGGGCUAUUUGGAACGGGGACUGGCUCCACUGUCUCAGUCGAGAAUGUUGGGUUGCUAGGAUCGACAAGGAUUGGGAGCCGACGGGUUAUACAGAUCUCUGCUGGUUUCAUGAUCUUUUUCUCCAUGUUGGGGAAAUUCGGUGCACUGUUUCUUUCUAUCCCAUUCACAAUCUUUGCAGCCGUGUACUGCGUCUUGUUUGGACUCGUUGCUGCAGUGGGGCUGUCCUUCUUGCAGUUCACUAACAUGAACUCCAUGCGCAACCUCUUUAUUGUCGGCGUCUCCAUCUUCCUUGGCUUAUCCGUGCCGGAGUACUUCUUCCGGUACACCAUGGCUGCUCAACGUGGUCCUGCGCACACAAAAGCUGGAUGGUUCAACGACUACAUCAACACCAUCUUCUCGUCGCCGCCAACCGUUGGGCUCAUCGUUGCCGUCUUCCUAGACAACACGCUGGAGGUGAACGAGGCCAAGGACCGGGGGAUGCCGUGGUGGGUGCCGUUCAGGUCGUUCAAAGGGGACAGCAGGAACGAGGAGUUCUACAGCUUGCCCUUCAACCUCAACCGCUUCUUCCCUCCCUCUUAAGCCGCGCAAUCUGGUGGAGGAAAAAAGAGGGACGAAAAUGAAAGUUCGCUCGCCGACGUGGUUGUGUGCAUGUUUGUUCGCGAAGAACUCAGAAUGCUGAGCAGAGGCGUAUUAGAGGUUGCCAUUGUUUCAUUCGUUUGAUUUGUUGUUCGUGUUUGCAGUCGCAACGUGCUGGCUUGCCGAACCCACACUGCCACACAGUGAUAAUGUGUUUGCCCCACCCUGCAAAAAUGGUCGACCACCGUUGUACUUCGGUGCAUAUCAUCGGGUGCGCUAGAAGUAGCUUUAGAGUUGUUAUCUCCAAGUCCAAGCGAAUGUUGCUCGCGCCUGACCUGACAAACAAGGAUAGAGCAGGGAAC